UUCGCGGCGGCGGGUGCUGAGCGCGGCCGCUCCGCCUGGUGCAGCCGGGCGGGGCCGGCGCCUCCCCGCGCCGCGCUCGCUGGGGCUGCCCCGGGGAGCCGCUCCCGCCGCCGCCGCCGCCCGGGGCCAUGGCGGCGCUGGUGCUGGUGCUGCUGGCGGCGCUGGGCGGGCGGGCCGUGCUGCCGGGCGGGCGCUGCGCGGCGCCGCUGGCCGACCUGCGCUCGCAGAUCUCGGGCGUGGAGACGCUGCUGGAGGAGUUCCGCCGGCAGCUGCAGCAGGAGGAGCCGGGACCGCCGGCGACGGCGGGCGGCGGAGGGGGCGGCGGGGAGCGGUGCGGCGGAAGCGGCGGCUUCUCCGCCAGGCCCGACUCCAUCAUCCGCACCAAGGACUCCAUCGCGGCCGGCGCCACCUUCCUGCGGGCGCCGGGUGCCGUGUCGGGCUGGCGGCAGUGCCUGGACGCCUGCUGCGCCGAGCCGCGCUGCACGCUGGCCGUGGUGCAGGGGCCCGCCCGCCCGCGGGGCACGGCGGCCGAGCCGGGCUGCUACCUCUUCAACUGCACGCACCGCGGCCGGCCCGUCUGCCGCUUCGCCCCGCACCGCGGCUACAGCUCCUACAGCCGCCGGACCGCCGGCGUCGCCCCGCCGCCCACGGAAGAAGAAUACGAUGAGCCUCCACAGUGUAGGGCGGGCCAAGACAUUGUGCUGCAGUCUCCUGUGGACUGGGUGCUUUUGGAUGGCCGGGAGAGCUCCGAUGACCAUGGAAUUGUGCACUAUGAGUGGGCGCUGCUGCAGGGCGACUCAUCGGUUGACAUGCAGGUACCGCAGCCAGGAACACUGAAGCUGUCCCACAUUCAGGAGGGUGGGUAUAUUUUCCAGCUCACCGUGACAGACACUGCAGGUCAGCGGAGCUCUGACAACGUCUCUGUGACCAUUCUGCCCAUGGUUCAUUCUGCAGCAGCCUGUGUUGGGGUUUGCUCUCGCUACCAGUUUAUCUGUGACGAUGGCUGCUGCAUUGACAUCACGUUUGCGUGUGAUGGUGUGAGACAGUGUCCUGAUGGAUCAGACGAGACUUUCUGCCAGAAUCUCAGCUCGGGUCGGAAGACGGUGACACAUGCAGCUCUUGGCACUACCCAGCAAAGGACUGCAGGACUGACUGAAAACACAGAGGAAAACUCUGCAGUGAACACCCUGAAAGGCACUGCCAGAAAUCAACCACUUCUCUCAGUGGAUGCAGACAUGUCUAACCAAUCGCUUUCUCAGGGACCAAAGAAACAAAUCAGUGGAUUUGUGCCAGAUAACAGUUCCUCAGGGAAAAGAACAGAUGAUAAAAAUGGGGAUGGCAUAAUGAUGCCAAAGAGAGAUCAGCUUGGAGGUGGUCGCCCAGUCCCAGAAACAGGUGCUGUGUUACCCUUAGCCUUAGGCCUGGCAAUCACUGCUUUGCUGCUGCUUAUGGUUGCUUGCAGACUGCGCUUAGUGAAACAGAAGCUCAAAAAAGCUCGACCCAUUACAUCUGAAGAGUCUGAUUACCUCAUCAAUGGGAUGUAUCUCUAAAACCUGGAUUUGGCUAAAUUCUGUGCUACAAGACUGCGUCAUGAGAGCAGACAGAAUUUCUGUGAAACAGCCUUACAAGAAGCUGGAAUGUGAAUGGUGGGGGAAGUUGUUGAGAUACUUGUUCCAGGGAGACAGAGAAGACAGGGCAUCUGCCUGUGUGACCUGUCUCUCAAGCAGUGCUUGAGCUGAGCAGGACAGCAGCUGUAGAGCUGUCUGUGCCAGCCACUCAGGAAAUCUGGGUUCCAGUGCUCCUUGCUCGUGCCACAUGAGACAAAGUCUGGUUGUUUGUACUUCAGUGCUACAGUGGGUCCAGGAGACCAUCUGCUGAUGCUGCCCAUUUCCAGUUUGGGAGUAUGGCCUCUCUUCCAUCCCAGCCCCUAGAAGACAUGGCAAAUAGCACAAGAUCCAAAAGGCCACAUUUUAAAUACAGCUUUCUAGGGAAGACUCACUGCCCAUUUAGUUGGGGUCUUAUUUUCCAUCAUUGAAAUUUGCAUUGGGUUUUAAUGAAAUACCUAAAUGUCCUUCACCACUUUAUCACAGCAGCAAGAAAAGUGGUCUUUUCUCUCUGUGCCCACCGUGCUCCUAUUACCAAAACACAUUACCCUGGCACACAGCCAGCAGCAGAACAAAAGGUUUGGUUUUGCAGGACAACAGCAGGAUCUGGCACAAAGCACAAGCCAGCCAGUGCAGCCAUGGUGCAAGAGGCUGCUCAGCUUUCCAGUCACUCUGCCCAACAGCAGCCUUUGUUUCUGUGCUGCUGUAGGGGAAUAAACCUUCAGGGAUUUUGCAUAUGACAGCUAGAAUGAACGCCUGCAAGCAGAGAGCAGCAGACAGCAAGCAAGGUACAGGAGUCACCUUACCAGAGAGCCUGGGGGCAUUGUCAGCUGGAUGGAGAGCAAGACAAAGUGGGCAAAGUAACAGAUUGGUUUGGCAGCUCCUGCUGUUAACACACACACUGGUCUCAAUACCGUGUGUUUGCAUUUAAUGGCUUUCAUGCUAUUUGAUUUUUAAAAAGUCAUACUGAACUACUGAGCUAGAGCAAACCUGGGAAUAGCAGAAAACACUGUCAACAUGCUCAGGGUGCUUUUCCUCUUCUGCCCAGGCAGCUCGCAGCCACUGCCUCCUGCUGACACCACUUCGGCAGCCCCUCCCCAGCCGCUCCCAAGGCUGGGGCUCCCCCUCUGAUGUCAAAGGAGUGCUCAGAGCACGCAGUGCUUCCAGCCCACCUUCGUGGCUGCUUUACUAAAACUGCAUUCACGGCCUCUCAUGCAGAACCCAGAGCUGGGGAGUUUUACACAGUCACAGAUCACAGAAUAUUCUGAGUAGAAAGGAACCUAUGAGUGUUUAUCCUGUAGCAGAAGUGAGACACACUGUGUGAAAGUCAUCACUAUUUCAAGUCUGUCAGAUCUGUUUUUCCUGUCCUAAACACUGAUGUUUGUCUCUCCACAUAUCUGUGAAUAUGCUUAUUCCACCUAUUCUUACCAGCAUCUUAGGUAAGCAGGGAAUAUUGACUACCCUGACUGCAUAGCCCCUGUAGAUGUUGCUCCUCUGUGUAUUAGGAGAGGUCAUUAAAAUUUAUUUUGUCACUGUGUUUUAA